AUGCUUCCGCUAGGCGUCCUUGAUAGCCUACAUCAUACCUCAAAGGAGAAGUUGGCUGUAAGCCUCCAACAGCUACAUGCUAUCGAGACACAAACACAUCAACGAAAGAUACGAUAUCAAAAUGAAAAAUAUCCUAAGAUCCAUCAAGCUCUCAAAACAAGUCGGUAUGAAGAUCAGAAGAAUUUGAACCCAGACCGUAUAGACGGCACCGGUCAGUGGGUUGUCGUCAAUACACAGUAUCGUCGGUGGCUUAAUUCUGCUUGUGACGACCUCCGCUGGAAUUCCGCCGGCCCAGGCUGCGGUAAAUCAGUACUGGCUAAAUCAUUGAUCGACGAGGAGCUUCAGAGCACCAAACCCCAUAAAGUAUGCUAUUUCUUCUUCAAGGAUAACGAAGAGAGGACGGCUGAAAGAGAGAGACUGAUCUCAUACUUGAUCGACUUCUUCAAGAGAAUAUCGACAGAAUCCCAUGAUGAGCUAGAUGACCGAUUGAAGUUCCUCGUGACAAGUCGACCAUACGAUGAUAUCCACCUGGGAUUCAAUAGCUUUCCGUCAAACUCACCCGUCACUCAACUUCGAGGGGUAGAUGAGACUGACAAGAUCAGUGCAGAGAUCAACUUAGUCAUUAAAGCUGAAGUCACAAGGCUAGCUGAGCACCUAAAAUUGAAACCACAUACGAAGCUCCAAAUCAGGGACGAGCUUCUGAAGAUGCGCACCGAACAUACCUCUGGUCACACUAGUCACACCUCGCGAGGAAAGACAUCUAUGAAACUCACCGCAACAGUUUCCGACCUGAGCAUGAAGUUAUAA